AUGAGGAGACUUCCUAGAAAACAUGUGGAAUGUUUCCUAGAAAGUGCAAGGAAGCUGAAGGUUAAUGCCUACAAAGAAGAGGGAUGUUCCUGGAAAGCAGUGGAGUGCAUUCCUCGAAAGAAUGAGCUGCAGUUAUUUUUUUAUGAUUAUCUGUUUCUUUAUGAAAUCUAUCCUUUUGGAAGGAAACUGGGUCAAUGCAACUUUGGGGUAGUAACUGAAGUAAAACACAGGCCUACUGGCAAAAAAUGAACUGUCAGAAAAGUUAAGAAGAAAAAGGGUGGAAGUUCUGCCAUGAAGGUACUUGAACAGGAGGUGAGCAUCUGUGUGAACCAUGAUCAUGUAACACAUUUAGAAGAGAUAUUUGAGACACCAAAGCAGUAUCUUGCACUGGAGCUGUGUGAGGAUGGAGAACUUUAAAAAAUUCUUUGUAGUAAAGGACAUUUUACAGAGAAUGAGACAAGGCACAUCAUUCAGAGUCUUGCUUCAAGAGUAGCAUAUCUUCACAAAACCAAUAUUGUUCACAGAUAUCUAAAACUGGAAAACAUUUUAGUUAAAAGCAAAAAUUUCCAUCCAAACAAUGCGUCUAUCACAGUGUAUGACACUGAUUAUUAUUUGAUGUUGAAAUGGAAGCUGGAAAAAAAACCACAAAACCAGCUUUUCCACCCUCUUAUGGAGAGAUACCACGAUUGCCUUUUUCAGUUUUCAGCCCCUGAAGUUAUCAGUGCCUAUGAGUACAGCCAACAGUGUGACAUUUGGAGCAUAGGUGUCAUUAUGUACAUGCUGUAA